AAGUGGAUCUUUUAGCAUCACUCCCUGAACGAGAAGCUGGGAGCGGCUGAACCAAGGACUGGACUUAAAAAGAGGUUUCAGGUAGGCUCUUCUCCGUCAGUUGUGAUCUUCCCCUCUGACAGCCACCAAAGCAGCAGGAUACUAAGAACAGCAGAAACCAUGACCCUGGCAGCCUACAAAGAAAAAAUGAAAGAGCUCCCUCUGGUGUCCCUCUUCUGUUCCUGCUUUCUCUCAGAUCCUUUAAAUAAACCGUCAUAUAAAUAUGAAGACACUGUAGAUCUGACCUGGUGUGUCAUAUCUGACAUGGAGGUAAUUGAACUCAACAAGCGCACCUCGGGACAAUCCUUUGAGGUUAUCCUUAAGCCACCGUCCUUCGAUGGAAUCCCUGAAUUCAAUGCCUCUCUGCCUCGACGGCGUGAUCCUUCAUUGGAGGAGAUCCAGAAGAAGCUAGAAGCUGCUGAAGAACGGCGUAAGUACCAAGAAGCAGAACUCCUGAAGCAUUUGGCAGGAAAACGGGAGCAUGAACGGGAGGUCAUCCAGAAAGCCAUCGAGGAGAACAACAAUUUCAUCAAAACUGCCAAAGAGAGGCUGAUACAGAAAAUGGAGUCCAACAAGGAGAACCGAGAGGCACAUUUAGCUGCUAUGUUGGAACGUCUUCAGGAGAAGGAUAAGCAUGCUGAGGAGGUCCGGAAGAACAAGGAAUUAAAGGAAGAGGCCUCAAGGUAA